GGUAGGCGAGGGGUAUGCAGGGGAGAGUGGAGGAGGAGAGCGGCUUGAGAACAAGAACGCAGAACGUAGCGAGGAGGUCUGUCGUCGCCGGCGGCUGAAGGCGCCACCGUCGAAGAACAGCCCACCUCUAGGAGGGAAAAACAAAAGAAAAACAGAUAAGCUAAAUGAAGUGGUGGGAAACAAUGGAGAUCAGAGGCUUUGGGAGCUUGCAGUCAACACUGGUAGAUCUGUUGAGGAAUGGCUGUGAACUGAAGGCCAUCAAUGUCUGGGAUCAUUACCUCGAAACGAACUUGCCAUUGUGCAGACUUGUUUGGCCGACACCCUUGUUAGCUGACUCAGGCUCACUGUAGUGCCACUUGGGCUGGCAGUCAUGAAGAGCUGGAGCCUCAACCUGGUCCUUGCACCCACUGGCUGAGCACGCUACCUCAAGGCAGGCCUCAUGGCUGCUGGCUGAGUUUUCUGCUCUAACGGGUUGACAGCUGGCAGGCUUGCCGCCUCUGGCCAUUCUCAAUGUGUGUGAGGUAACAGACGGGUCACUGGAAUUAGUGUAGUCCACUGUAGUUAUUAAUUUUUUCCAGUAAAAAAGCUCAAAUACAGGUGUAAAAUUAUUAGAUUUACAACUCAUUCAGGAUCACGAGAAACGAGGAGCGAGGUGAGCUUGAUUUCGGCCGGCAAAUAAAUGUGGUCCACUGAGAACGAUGAAAAGUAUAGCUGCAGCGAAACUGGCUAUCGCCUGCCCUUGAAAUGUGUACAGGCACAAAAUGCUACAAAAGAAGGAAACAUGAGCAAGCAGAGGAAGAUAUUGGAUGAUGCAUCCACAUCAGGUGGCACAAAAUCCGCAUCAGGUGGUCCAAAGCAUUAUAUUACUUACAGAAGUUGUGUGCCGUUGGUUGGAGAGGAGAAUUUAUCUGUUCUUGGUUUUGAGAUAAUGAUGGCCGGAAUGUUGCUAGUAAGUGGCCCGUUCGUAUAUUACCGGAAACGGCGUACAAAUCUUAUGCAGGGAGCUGCAAGAAUCCCGACAAGUGAUCCUAGGUUCUAGUAUGGGGGGACAUGGGGUAAUAACGGAUCGCAUACUUGUGUUGAUCUGGUCUAUCUUUCUUGUGAUUUUGACUCUUGUCAUUGUACUAUUAUAUUUCACACAUGUAAUUCUGGAAGAGGCGAAGUGCUUUUUUAGUUCUCACAGGAGUAGGAACCACAGUGGUUAGUCUCAUCGACCUGGUUUACUUGGGUCAAAUCACUUGUGUUACAUAUUCAAAUUUAUGGUUUUGUUACCCCCAAAAAGUUGCUCUAACAGAGGAACAACUUUGUUCAUGUUGAUAAUUUAUGCGACCAAUGCGAUCAUUUUUCUGAAA